AUGGAGCUCUUCUCCGGCCUUAGGCGGCUCCUGAGCCGGAGGACGCGCACAGGAAGCCGAGGAUUGUCAACCGAGAAGGAAAAGGUAUUUGAGGGUCAGCCUCGAGACGCAGAGAAGUUGUGCAGACAUGAUUUCCUGGAAGAUUAUUCCGAUACCGAAACAGCACAAUUCAGCUUCUUCACCACCAAGCUGGACUCGGUGAUCCAUGCAUCCAGCAUCAACUCUUUGGUGUUGAUCUAUGGACCUCUCCACGCGCUACUUGAUAGUGGAGAGCACGAUGGCAUUUGGUGGCUUGAUGUCACGGAUCCCUCAGAUGGGGACAUUGAGCUUCUUUCCCGACUGUUUGACAUUCAUCCGUUGACAACGGAGGAUAUCAAGGUCCGCGAGACCCGGGAAAAGAUCGAACUCUUUGGCCCGUAUUAUUUCCUCUCACUGCGGCCGCCCGAGCAGGCGGAAGACGUCCCUGGCUCGCGGACAUCAGGAUGCAACGUCUAUGCUAUUAUAUUCCGAGAGGGGGUUCUCAGCUUCACCUUCGGCAACAGCCCUUAUACCAGUCAUGUCCGAAGUCGGAUCAAGGACCAUCAAAGCCAUCUCUUUUUAACAAGUGACUGGAUAUCUUACGCUUUGAUCGACGAUAUCGUCGACGGCUUCGCUCCACUGAUCAACCGAGUAGAAGCCAGCGUGGAGACGAUGGAAGACAGCGUCUCCAUCACCCGCCCGGAUGACAUCGGACUUGCACUGAAGCAGAUCUACACAUCGCGCAGACAAGUCCUCCAGAUCCGUCAACUCCUCAACGACAAAACCGACGUCAUCCGGUGUUUUGCCCGCCACUGCGAGGCACUGGGUUCCACGAGCGAAGUGGUCUCCUACCUCAGCGAUAUCCAGGACCACGUCUUGACCAUGGUCUCCAACCUAGCCCACUCAGAGCAGAGGCUGUCCCGGUCGCAGGAUAAGUACCUGAGUCAGCUGUCCUUCGACUCGACCCGGAUGCGCAAUCAGAUUGUGGCUACUCUCAGCCGGCUGACGGUGAUUGCGUCUUGCAUCGUGCCUAUGCAGAUCAUUACCGGUUUGUUUGGGAUGAAUGUCAUGGUACCAGGCAAGAAUAGCGAGGGCUAG